ACUGUCUAAAACCAGAGCUUCACGAAAUGGAAAGGUAUAAACUAAUGAUCGCGAGAAAAACUCGAAAUCAAUCCAAAUCUUUCAAGUUUCAUGAUCUUGUAGAGAAAUUACAAUCCAUUGAGAUGAAGAUUCGAGCCUGUUAUCAUAAGUACAUAGGGUUUAACGGAGAGACUCUGUUAUGGAUAAUGGCGGUAGAUUCGUCGUUCUUGAUCGAGUUUCUUAAGAUUUACAGUUUUAGAAAGGUGGAGACUUUGAUUAAUAGAGUUGGGCAUAACGAGAUUCUUAGAGAUAUAAUGAUGAUCGAGAACCAAAUCCCACUUUUCGUUUUGAGGAAAACACUUGAGUUUCAGCUAGAAUCGACUGAAUCAGCUGAUGAUCUGUUGGUCUCUGUUCUUACGGGACUAUGCAGAGAUCUCUCUCCUCUCGUUAUCAAAUUCGACGAUGAUGAGAUUCUGAAGGCUCAGUUUCAUGAGUGUAAUCAUAUCUUAGACUUCUUGUAUCAGAUGAUCGUUCCGAGGAUCGAAGAAGAAGAGCUAGAAGAAGAAGAAGACGAAGAAAACAGAGCAGACGACAAUGGCGGAAACAGAGCAAUUAGGUUUCUGGAAGAGAUUAAGUAUCAAUUCAAAAGGGUUUUCGCAUCUCGACCUGCGGAUUUAAUCUUGAGAUUCCCGUGGAGAAUCAUAUCGAAUCUUCCUGGAUUCAUGGCACUGAAACUUUCAGCUGAUUAUCUCUUCACAAGACAAGAAAACGAAGCAACAACAACGAGACGAGAAUCAUCAUCAUCGGUUUCGAUUCCCGAUAUCGAAAAGCCUCCUCUUGUGGAAGAACUUACAAUCCCAUCAGUCUCUGAUCUCCACAAAGCCGGAGUUAGAUUCAAACCAACAACACACGGUAACAUUUCAACGGUAACAUUCGAUUCAAACUCUGGUCAAUUUCACCUCCCUGUAAUAAACCUAGACAUCAACACAGAAACCGUUCUUAGAAACCUCGUCGCUUACGAAGCUUCAAACACUUCAGGACCAUUAGUAUUCACUCGUUACACAGAGCUAAUAAACGGAAUAAUUGAUUCGGAAGAAGACGUUAGGUUGCUUAGAGAACAAGGCGUCCUUGUGAGCCGUCUCAAGAGUGACCAAGAAGCUGCAGAGAUGUGGAAUGGUAUGAGCAAAUCUGUGAGGUUGACCAAAGUUGGUUUUUUGGAUAAGACUAUUGAGGAUGUUAACCGAUAUUAUACCGGACGGUGGAAAGUGAAGAUUGGAAGAUUGGUUGAGGUUUACGUUUAUGGUUCUUGGCAGAUUCUUGCUUUUUUGGCGGCGGUUUUGUUGUUGAUGUUGGUUUCGUUGCAAUUGUUUUCUUUGGUGUUUAGCUCCUUCCUUCGAUCGCAAAAUGCGUCUCGGAAUCUCGCCGUUACUCGAAUCUCGAAGAAGAAGACCCAGAUGACUCCAUCGCUAACCUCUCUUUCGAGAUUUUCAUAUCUCGAGUCGUCUGGAAAUGCUUAUGCCCGAAACAUCAGGUUCUUCUCCGCGAGCCCUCCUACGGAAGAGAACCCAGUUUCUUUACCGACGGAUGAGAUCCCAAUCUCGUCAGCCGCAGAGCUUACCCUUGAAGAAUCGGUUGCUUCCGCUUUGGGGUUCUCAGAAAGUGGCGAUUUUGGUGUAAAUGGAGGUACUUCCAUGGAAGCCGUUGGUGGUGUUGCUGAAUAUGGAGAUUCAGAGAUUGUUGCAAUUGAAAACGAGGUUAGCGAGGUGUACCAAUUUGAUGACGAAAAGUUGGAAUCUGUACUGUGUUUGUUACGGAGUGAUGAAGAGUCCUUGGAGUUUGGUCUUAAUGCGCUUAAUGUUGAUUUACAUUUAGAUUUUGUGGUAAGAGUGUUUGAAUCCCCAGGAAUUUCCGGUAAGAAUUUGAUUAGGUUUUUAAAGUGGGCAACUUUGAACGAAGAGAUUACUGUUACAACCUCACUUGUAGAAUCUCUUCUUGUAGCAAUUGCUGGUGAUACACGUCGAAUGGAUGCUUAUGGUUUGUGGGAUUUGGUUAAGGAGAUUGGUGAGAAGGAGAAUACUAGUGUUUUGAAUUUGGAAAUAUUGAAUGAAUUGAUUGCCUUGUUUGGGAAACUUGGUAAAUCCAAAGCUGCUUUUGAUGUGUUUAGUAAAACCCAAGAGUUUGGUUUUACUCCGAAUGCGAAAACAUAUUAUUUGACACUGGAGGCUCUUUGUAAGCGGUCGUUUAUGGAUUGGGCAUGUUCUGUAUGUGAGAAAAUGCUUAAGAGUGGUGUGUUACCAGAGGGAGAACAGAUGGGUAACAUCAUAACUUGGUUUUCUAAGGAAGGGAAGGCCGAAGAGGCUUAUUCGGUUUACGAAUUGGCAAAGACGAAAGAGAAAUCUCUGCCUCCUAGAUCUGUGGCUACUCUGAUAAGUGCUCUCUGCAAGAAUGAUGGGACUAUCACGUUUGCUCAGGAGAUGUUGAGUGAUUUAUCUGGAGAAGCUAGGCGACGUGGGAUAAAACCAUUUUCUGAUGUUAUCCAUAGUUUAUGCAGGAUGAGAAAUGUUAAAGACGCUAAAGCUUUGCUUUUGGAUAUGAUUUCUAAAGGGCCUGCUCCUGGGAAUGCGGUUUUUAAUUUGAUUGUCCAUGCUUGUUCGAAAACUGGAGAUCUGGAUGAAGCAAAAGAGGUUUUAAAGUUGAUGGAGAGUAGAGGUUUGAAACCAGAUGUGUACACCUACACUGUCAUCAUUAGUGGUUAUGCUAAAGGAGGGAUGAUGAAUGAAGCUCAAGAGAUUCUCGCAGAGGCGAAAAAGAAACAUAAGAAGCUUAGUCCUGUGACAUAUCACGCACUCAUCCGAGGCUAUUGCAAGAUUGAAGAAUAUGACGAAGCUCUGAAACUUUUGAAAGAAAUGGAUCGUUUCGGGGUGCAGCCUAAUGCUGAUGAGUACAAUAAGCUGAUACAGUCAUUUUGCCUCAAAGCUUUGGAUUGGGAAAAAGCAGAGAUGCUGUUUGAGGAGAUGAAGCAGAAAGGCUUGCACUUGAAUGCAAUUAGUCAGGGGCUUAUAAGGGCAGUUAAAGAGAUGGAAUCUGAAGCCAAGGUAACGGAAGAUGACAACUUACUUGCUGAAGCAUAGAAUUGGAUCCGAUAUUUAUCAUUGUUCUAACAAUGCUGCGGACUAGCUGUUGAAGAUGUUAUCUCUUGGUUUGAAAUAUCAGGAAAUACCUGGUUUGUUCUUUUGUUACUGGAAUUUUCUUUUGUAUUCUUCCAGCAUUUGCCAAUAAGCCUUCACUUGGGUUCAAUUUCUUUUAGCUUUUGUGAUUUAAGAAUCGAAUCAUUUUCCAUGGUCAUUGUUCGGUUUGCAUUUGAUUUUCUUUAAAAUGACAUGUUUUGAUUUUAGCUCAGUUGGGAAAAGUUAUAAACCAUUAGUGAUUCA